AUGAGUACCUUUGAUAAAAUAUACCGAAGUGUUCUACCGAUGAAAUUCUUCAGUAAGGGUUGGGGCAGGCCAGAUAUACUUAUUAAGUUGGUUGAGAAUAUGAAGAUUGUCAAACAAAGGGAUCUUUACUGUUCAGUCAAGUCUAAGACUAAUAUCAAUAUUGAGAAGAGAACCGAGGGUAAGCGUGCUGUACAAAUCGAAGGAUCAUUCUUAUCUCCAUUUGAUGCUAUCAUUCCCAAUGCACUUAAAGAAGACAAUAAAGUUUCGAGAUUUCAAAUGGUUAUACCAAAAUCCUGGUCUACAAAUUAUCGACCAGUUUGCAUUCACUUUGCUGGCACGGGUGAUCACAAUUACUCCCGAAGAAGAUUAUUUCUCGCCAAUCAAUUGAUUGAAGAUGGUAUCGCAUCCCUUAUUAUAAUGAAUCCAUUUUAUUCCACUCGGAAACCUAAGGACCAAAAAGGUUCUAGUUUGAAUUUCGUCUCUGAUCUAUUCAUCAUGGGCGGAGCUCUAAUAAUGGAAUGCAGUGCGCUGUUAGAUUGGUGUGAACAGAACGGUUAUGGACCAUUUGCACUUCAUGGAAUUUCAAUGGGAGGUUAUAUGGCAGGAUUAUGUGCAACUGUUUGGCCGAAGCCUAUAUCACUAAUUCCUUGUCUAUCAUGGACUUCAGCGUCAGUUGUCUUUGUAGAGGGCAUAUUAUCAAAUGCAGUCGAUUGGUCAGUACUGACGAAACAAUAUUAUUCAGAUUCAAUUUAUUCGGAUGUAAUUCGACCAAAACUACAACCUCCAUUUCCUGCCUCCUUUAAAGCGGAUAAUACUUCUGAAGAUCCUCUGGAAGAUCUCAUAAGAAGUGCAUUAAAAUCACAAAAUUUAUCAAAUACUUCAAAUGUUAAACAGUCCACAUCUAUGGAAAUGGAUCAUCUACUUAGUACAACAGCGUCAUCAGAACAAACAUCAGACACACGUGUACAUGUUAUACAAAAUCAUACGAAAGCACACUCUCUCGUCAACUCAUCAUCUGGUUCGAAUCUACACCUCCAUGAAAGUAUUACAUCUCAACCGAUAAACAUUUCUACUCCACGCCAGUCAUCAUCAUCAUCAUCGUCCUCUGUGAAUCCAGCGUAUGCCUCUCUCUUAUCUGCACGUAGAUUUCUUCCUAAUAAUAUAUCCAUCGGUUUACCGAGUUCAUUAUCCUCUAUCAAUUUGAAUACAUUUCUUCGUUAUCCAAUAGAUAAUUCAUUAUGGCAUAAUAGUUUAUCAUUAUUUCGUUCAAUACCUGAAGAUAUUAGUCGUAUGAUGAGUACAACUAGUUCACCACCAGAUCCUGAAGUUCAACAAUUUCUACGUGAUCUAUUAGAUUUUUUUACACAUUUAGGAAAUUUUUCACCUAUUCUCGACUCUAGACUUGUUCUACCAGUUGCUGCUGAAUGUGAUGCUUAUGUGCCACGAUAUGGUGUCUGUUCAUUGACAAAAAUAUAUCCUAAUGCUGAAAUUCGUAUAUUACCUCAAUCAGGACAUGUUGGUGCUUAUGUACGCAAUGCUAUUUGGACAAAUGAUUUUAGGCAAGCAAUUACCGAUUGUUUAAAUCGUCAAGUGCAUUUAUAUCAUGAUGAACCUGGGCCAUUUGGUCGGAAUAAAAAAUCUGCAUUGAAUAAUGAUAAUAAUAAUAAUAAUACUAUUAACAACAGUGAUAACAUUAUUCAGGCUACUGAUCGUUCCAAGGGUUAA